AUUGGGUGAACCCGUGUCACGUGACCGCCCUUCGACAGGAGUUUCCACGACAGCUGAGUAGCAGCUAUAUACGUUUUUCACCUGUAACAUAGGUCCUUUUUAACUCCAGUGAGUCGAAGUUUCGUAAAAUGGGAGACAAGAAAAGCCCUACAAGGCCAAAGCGGCAAUCGAAGCCCUCCGCCGACGAUGGGUACUGGGACUGUAGCGUCUGCACGUUCAGGAACACCGCUGAGGCGUUCAAGUGCACGAUGUGUGAUGUCAGGAAGGGGACGUCAACUCGAAAACCACGGCCGGUUUCUCAGCUGGUUGCACAGCAAGCAAAUCAGCAGUUUGCACCACCCACACUCCCCAAAAAGGAGAAGAAAGAAAAAUCGGAGAAAGACAAGAGUGAUAAAGAACUAACACUAAAAAAGAAAAGCUAUAAAAAGAUGAGGCCCAGGUUAAAAAACAUAGACCGGAGCAGCGCCCAGCAUCUAGAGGUCACAGUUGGAGACUUGACUGUAAUAAUCACAGACUUUAAGGAGAAAGCCAAACCCACGUCCACUUCAACAAGUGCUGCCUCAGCAGACCAACACAGCCAAAGUGGCUCAAGCUCUGAUAACACUGAACGAGGGGUCUCCAGAUGCUCUUCGCCCCGCGGGGAAGGCUCGCCGGUUAAUGGAGAGACUCACUAACUUUCACACUCCCAGUCAGCACAACCCAUUCUUCUGCACUCUCAACAGCCUUGACUAGAGAUUAAACUUCAACAUGCAUUAAUAAUACUAUACAUGCCAAUAUGAUAGCAUUCACUUCCUUUGGGACUGUAUUUUUCACUGCCUUCCCAUAAUGAUAAAGAAUUCAGGAGUCAGGACAUAUGCUGUAUGCUCAACUCAAAGAACUGUUGCAGCAAGAUCUGUCAUGAUGAACUGAAAAAGGAACCGUAGCAUUAAAUCCUGAAUGUCAGUG